GCCCCACCACCCCACGACGACCUUAUUUCUGAUAUAAACAUUCAAAUAACAAAACAACCAAAGAUCUUACUGUGAUCGCGCAUAUUCAAUCUAAUUAUUUUUGAUAUCGCCAAGUGUUCCAUCUGAACCCCAAAUAUUUAACUAUAUAAUAAGUGUUGGCAAUUUAACAAGAAACAAGAUAGAAUGGCUACUAUAGCCCCCCCACCAUCGAAGCGACAGCGUCGAGAAGCUUUAGAACGUACUCAGAUCCAACAAGAUGUCACCCCACCGGUUAUUGAAGCAGGAUCAUUCAAAGCUCGAUUCAUAGAUAAUGAUGGGAACCAACUGGCCGAAACAAUAGAGGUUCCCCUUGCUGAUGCGACGGAGAAGAAUGUGUCUCUAUUGCUCAACACUUUGCUGGGAAGGGAACGUGAAGAAUUUACGCCAUAUCGCUUUCGUAUACAUGUACCUGGUUCCGACAUAGUAAUUGAUAACUACCCGACGCCUUCCGAAUUUCUCGCAGUCCUUCGCAAGCAUGGCGUCGAGAACCCCUUUGAAACAACGAUCACGUUAGCUGCGGAGCCCCAGGCAGUCUUCAAAGUACAGGCUGUGACGCGCAUGUCAAAUAAGAUACCGGGACAUGGAGAAGCUAUCCUAGCAGUGCAGUUCUCUCCCAAGACGAGCGGUCUUCUUGCGACUGGAUCCGGCGACAAUACGGCGAGAUUAUGGAAUACAGACAGUGGAACACCCAAAUUCACUCUCAAGGGCCACACUGGUUGGGUCUUGGCAUUGGCAUGGCGUCCUGAUGGGCAGAAUUUGGCAACUGGUAGUAUGGAUAAGACAGUUCGAAUGUGGGAUGAGUCAGGCCAGGCUGUCGGCAGACCAUUCAGUGGCCAUAGCAAAUGGAUUACCAGUAUAACAUGGCAGCCAUUUCACCUAUGGCGUGACGACACGCCAAAACUAGCUAGUGCCAGCAAAGAUGCUACCAUUCGGAUCUGGAUUGCGAACACUGGCAUAACUGAGCAUGUACUCUCAGGGCAUAAAGGUAGUGUGAGCUGUGUUAGAUGGGGUGGGACGGAUCUGAUAUACAGUGCCAGCCAAGAUAAGACCGUCAAGGUGUGGGAUGCCGUCAACGGAACCUUGAAGCAUACGCUUGCGUCACACGCACAUUGGGUGAACCACUUAGCGCUCUCUACAGAUUUCGUGCUUCGAACAGCAUUCUACGACCAUACAAAGAAUGUCCCGGUGUCCACAGAGGAGAAGCGGGCUAAGGCGAAGGAGCGAUUUGAGAAGGCAGCAAGGCAGCAAGGCAAGAUAACGGAACGGAUCGUCUCAGCUAGUGACGACUUUACCAUGUAUCUCUGGGACCCCGCGGAGGGCACCAAGCCGUUGGCGCGAAUGCUAGGGCACCAGAAACAAGUCAACCACGUUUCCUUCUCGCCCGAUGGGAAUCUGAUAGCCAGCGCUGGUUGGGAUAACCACAUUAAGAUAUGGGGCCGGUAAGUCAUCAACUCUGUAUCUCCCUCUGCAAGAUCCGGUGUCGUUCUAGUGUACGAUUCCGCAUUACCGGAUAGAGUGACGCCUAAGGCAUGUUGAAAGCUGCUAAUAUG